CCCCCCCCCCUCCAUUUUCUUCCCCAUAUCCCAAACCCUUAACACCCCCAUUCCCCAAUAUCCAAAAUGGGUCUUCAAAAUUUCUUCUCUAUCCUUCUUCUCCUCUCCGCCAUCUUUCUCCGCUUCCAUCUCUCUUGUUCCCAAACCCCCUUAAUUUGCCAUUCCAAUGAUUCUGAGGCCUUCCACGACUUCCAUCGCACUUUUACUUCUCAAAUCCAUUCAUUGCACGCUAACUGUUCCUCCAAUUGCUGCUCUUGUACUGGCCUCACUUGUGACUCUUCUGGGAGGGUUGUGAAAAUUGAGCUUGUUGGGAUAAAGCUAGCUGGUCAAUUACCAAACUCAAUUGCAAGAUUCGAACACCUCAGAGUUCUCAAUUUGUCCUCUAAUUGCCUCACUGGCUCUAUUCCUUUGGCUCUGUUUCACCUCCCACACUUGGAAGUUUUUGAUCUCAGCUUUAAUCGGUUCUUGGGGAACUUCUCCACAGGUACCCUCCAUUUGCCUUCCCUUCGGAUUCUUAAUGUUUCUCGUAAUUUAUUCAACGGUGUUCUUCCAUUUCACAUCUGUAUCAACUCCACUUUUAUUGAGGUUCUGAAUCUGAGUUUCAAUGAUUUUCUUGGUGUGUUUCCUUUUCAACUUGCGGACUGUGUUUCUUUGAAGAGACUUCAUCUGGAAUCGAAUUUUAUUAGUGGUGGGAUUCCUAAUGAGAUUUCUGGAUUGAGAAAAUUGACCCAUUUGUCUGUUCAGAAUAACAAGCUUUCUGGUUCUUUGAAUAGAAUUGUUGGGAAUCUAAGAAGCCUUGUUCGGUUGGAUUUGUCAUCUAAUGAGUUUUUUGGGGAAAUUCCUGAUGUUUUCUACAACUCUCUGAAUUUGAGUUUCUUUGUUGCUGAGUCCAAUAGGUUUAGUGGGAGGAUUCCCAAGUCCUUGUCAAACUCUGCUUCACUCUCUGUCCUAAACUUGAGAAACAAUUCAAUAGGGGGAAAUCUUGAUCUUAAUUGUUCAGCAAUGAAAAGCCUGGUUACACUUGAUUUAGGCUCUAAUAGGUUUCAGGGAUUUAUACCUAGUAAUCUUCCCUCUUGUACGCAGCUGAGAAGCAUAAAUCUUGCUAGGAACAACCUCGGUGGUCAGAUCCCUGAAACCUUUAGAAAAUUUCAGAGCCUAACGUAUUUAUCACUUACGAAUACGAGCAUUGUUAAUGUUUCCUCUGCUCUCAAUAUCUUGCAACAUUGUCAGAGUUUGAGUACUGUGGUUCUGACCUUUAACUUCCAUGGCGAAGUGUUGGGAGAUGAUCCUAACUUGCAUUUCAAGAGUCUCCAAGUUUUUAUAAUUGCUAAUUGUAGAUUGAAGGGAGUGAUACCCCAGUGGCUGAGAAGUUCUAACAAGUUGCAGUUUUUGGAUUUGUCAUGGAACCGUCUUGGAGGAAACAUUCCAUCCUGGUUCGGCGAGUUUCAAUUCAUGUUUUACUUAGAUUUAUCUAAUAAUUCAUUCGUCGGAGGUAUCCCGAAAGAGAUUACUCAAAUGAAAAGUUACAUUGACAGAAACUUCUUGCUUGACGAACCUGUGUCACCGGAUUUUUCUCUUUUCGUAAAAAGAAAUGGAACUGGAUGGCAGUACAAUCAAGUAUGGAGAUUUCCACCCACUUUGGACCUCGGUUUUAAUAAUCUCAGUGGACCUAUCUGGCCAGAGUUGGGAAAUCUUAAGCAGAUUAUGGUUCUUGAUUUGAAAUUCAACAGUUUGUCGGGAUCAAUUUCGAGCAGCCUCUCUGGGAUGGUUAGUUUAGAGACUCUAGAUCUUUCUCACAACAAACUUUCAGGAACAAUUCCACCAUCACUGCAAAAGCUUAACUUUUUGUCCAAGUUCAGUGUUGCAUACAAUCAAUUACAUGGAGCGAUUCCUAAAGGAGGUCAGUUUCAUAGCUUUCCCAACUCUAGUUUUGAAGGAAACAAUUUUUGUGUCCAAGAUGAUCUCUGUGCAUCAAGUGAUGGAGAUGCUCUGGUAGUAACCCACAAAUCAAGAAUGGUCACGGGGUCUCUUAUAGGUAUAAUUGUGGGUGUUAUCUUUGGAAUCAUUUUUCUUGCAACAUUCGUAGUAGUGUUUAUGCUUCGGCCACCUCGGGGAAGAGUUGGAGAUCCUGAAAACGAAGUGUCUAACAUUGACAAUAAGGACUUGGAGGAAGUCAAGACAGGAUUGGUAGUUUUGUUCCAAAACAAUGACAAUGGAAGUCUCUCGCUGGAGGAUAUUUUGAAAUCGACGAAUGACUUUGAUCAAGAAAAUAUCAUUGGAUGUGGGGGUUUCGGUUUAGUUUACAAAGCUACCCUUCCUGACGGCAGAAAGGUUGCCAUAAAGCGACUGUCUGGUGAUUGUGGUCAAAUGGACAGAGAAUUUCAAGCAGAAAUCGAAACACUUUCACGUGCUCAGCAUCCAAAUCUUGUUCUUCUUCAGGGAUAUUGUAUGUAUAAGAACGACAGGCUUUUAAUUUACUCUUACAUGGAGAAUGGUAGCUUAGAUUACUGGUUACAUGAAAAACCUGAUGGUUCAUCUUGCCUCGACUGGGAUACCCGACUGCAGAUAGCCCGGGGGGCUGCUGGGGGGCUGGCAUAUUUGCAUCAAUUCUGUGAACCCCAUAUCCUUCACCGAGAUAUAAAGUCGAGUAACAUUCUUUUAGACAAAAAUUUUAAAGCUCAUUUAGCUGAUUUUGGUCUUGCAAGACUCAUUCUUCCCUAUGAUACCCACGUAACAACCGACCUUGUUGGUACAUUGGGCUACAUUCCACCCGAGUAUGGACAAUCCUCGAUUGCGACCUACAGAGGAGAUGUGUACAGUUUUGGAGUUGUUCUAUUAGAGCUUUUGACAGGUAAAAGACCAAUAGACAUGUGCAGACCGAAAGGACUUCGGGACCUGAUCUCUUGGGUGUUCCAAAUGAGGAAAGACAAAAAAGUAAGUGAAGUGUUCGACCCAUUUGUAUACGACAAGAAGAACGAAAUGGCUAUGGUAGAAGUUCUUGAUAUCGCAUGUCUUUGCUUAUGUAAGGUACCUAAAGAGAGACCUUCAACUCAACAGCUAGUUACUUGGCUUGAUAAAGUAAGUUUGUAAUCUUCUUAAUUCAAAUUAAACCUUGUACAUUUUAGUGUACGUUUUACAACCAACCAUACACUCCACAUAAUAAGUUUUUUGUUUCUUUGGUGUACAUAUCCACAUUCUUCAGCAGUCUCAAUUGAAGAUGAGAAGCUAGUCAUCAUAUUUUAAAAAGUUGUAAACUAAAGGUAGAUUAGUUAUUCUACUGAUUUUCUUCCAUGUGGGGUUAUGAAUUAUGUUUUUGUUUGUAUGAUAUAAACUUUGAAUAAUGCCCUAUAAUUUUAAUCUCAGUUUUAUUUUCA